AGUCUGUUUAUGGAUGGUGACAUGAAUGGAACGUAUAUAUAUAUGAGUGGUCUGGUGGAAGUGGAGCGAUAUAGAUUUCUGUAUUUUGUGAGUAUUUUGACAGUAUAUGUUCUUAUUAUAUGUUUUAAUGCUACAAUUGUGUAUCUGAUUUACAUUCACAAAAGCCUCCAUGAACCCAUGUUCAUGUUCAUCGCUGCUCUGUUAGUCAACUCUGUUCUUUUCAGCAGUGUUAUUUACCCAAAGCUUCUGCUCGAUGUUCUGUCUGAGAAACAGAUGAUAAGUUUUUCAAGCUGCCUCUGUCAGUUUCAGUUUUUUUACUCGUUAGGUGGUUCGGAGUUUCUUCUGUUAACAUCCAUGGCUUAUGACAGAUAUGUGUCCAUAUGCAAGCCUCUGCAAUAUCCCACAAUCAUGACAAAAACCGCCGUCAGUAGUCUCCUGGUGGCAGCCUGGGUCCUGCCUGCCUGCCAGGUUGCAUCGGUUUCUGGACUCAGUGCUAAUAGAAAACUAUGUAGGUUCACUUUAAAAGGACUUUAUUGUAGCAAUACUUUGUACAAAUUACAAUGUAGUAUCUCAAAAGUACAAUUUAUACACGAUUAUUUCAUUUUGUUCAACAUUGCCUUCCUCCCACUGCUUUUCAUCUUCUUCUCUUAUGUUAGGAUCCUCCUGAUAACCUUUCAAAGCAGCAGAGAAGUCAAGACGAAAGCUGCACAGACUUGUUUGCCACACAUAGUUGUUUUAAUUAACUUCUCCUGUUUGUGUGCAUUCGAUAUCAUUGCAAUUCAGCUAGAGGAACAUAUUCCAAGAACUGCACGUCUGAUAAUAAAUUUACAGAUUGUGUUGUAUCCCCCUCUGUUUAAUCCGAUCAUUUAUGGGCUGAAAAUGAAAGAAAUAUCUAAACAUCUUCACAGGUUGUUUCUUCCUCAAAAAGUGAUGUGA